CUACCAUGGAGCUGCCGAGCUGCGUGUGAUCAAUGCGGCCGCGCCUAUAAAAGCCAUGGCGUGCCAGGUUGAUUUACCACACGGCUACCGGUAGCCUUCGCCUUAGCUAGCUAGCAGCACCAUGGCCGGAAGGAUGCUCCUCGGCGUCUGUGCCGUGCUGAUGGCGAUAGCCGUCGCUAACGCAGCGGAGCGCCAGCAGGUGGCGUCGGUCGUCGUCGGCCUGGCCAGGUGCGCCGACUGCACCAGGAAGAACAUGAAGGCCGAGACGGCUUUCAAAGGUCUUCAGGUGGCCAUCAAGUGCAAGAACAGCAACGGCGAAUACGAGACCAGGGCCGUCAGUGAGCUCCAAAGCUCCGGAGCCUUCAGCGUUCCCCUCGCUGCCGACCUCCACGGCGCCGACUGCCACGCUCAGCUCCACAGCGCCGCCAACGCGCCCUGCCCCGGCCAGGAGCCGUCCAAGAUCGCGCCGAUGUCAUGCGGCACCUUCGUCGCCAUCCCCGCCAAGACGCAUUACCCGUCCGCGGACUGCGCGUCUGCGUUCCUAUGCGUCCCGUUCAAGAAGCACUUCCUCGACCAUUUCCACAAGAAGCCCGUGCCGGAGUACCACCCCGUGCCAGAGCACAAGCCAGCGCCGGAGUACCACCCCGUGCCUGAGCACAAGCCGGCGCCGGAGUACCACCCCACACCGGAAUACCACCCUCCCACGCCAGAAUACCAUCCACCCACACCGGAGUACCACCCACCAACGCCCGAAUACCACUCUCCCACUCCUCCGGCGUACGGGAAGCCAUAAGCCAACUCAGUGGCCGAGCCAGGAUUUGAUCAUUGGAGGGGCUAAGCAGUGAUUGGGGAGGGGGGCAAAAGUCUUGCCACAGGCUACCACUGGGGUAAGUUCCACCUUUGAUAAUAGUACUAUAAUGGUGCUACGGGAUCAUUAGGAGGGGCCAGGCCACUGCCCCCCCUGUCUCCGCCCCUGAGCCAACUCCGAUCUACCAUCCUCUCGCUGCGCACUGCAUAAAUUACUCCUACCAUGAGUUCAGCAUAUUCUACCACUGCUUGUGCUGUGUUAGUUAAUAAUUCGGUAUGUGCAAGUACUAAUGAACGCAUGGAGAAUAAUUGUCGAGAAUUAGUUGUGAGGUUGUACUUGGGGAUCGUUGUUUAGCUUUGAUUAAAGUGGACUGCGUACCUUCAGCCGUCCUCGUUCUUUGUGAAAUUAGCUAUUACUCUGCUUUGAAUGCUAGUGGGUUGAAAUAACCUUGUGGUUAUGUAUCCUGUGAGUGAUACUUUGUUCUAAAUCAAACAAUGCUUUGCUUCAAUUGCAA